AGUGGUCAACACGGAAUAUUGGAAGUAAAACCGGGAAAAGUUUUAUUGCAAUCAAGCCUGUGUCUUCAACAGUGUAAACUAUAAAGACAUUAUUUAUGACUUUUCUCUCUAGUGUUGAUGAUGAAAACUGAAUAUUCACCGAACACCUCUUUUUUUGAAUUUUAGCGCUUGUAAACUGCACUUGAUGCUCUAAAUACACAAACGCUUAUUAAAAUGUAAAGACGAUUGAAAAGGAAACGCUCAUUGAAAUAUAGAGGGGAUGGAAGAGGACGUCACUGGUAAAGAAAAUGUACAGGCCAUGAAAGUAGCAGUAGCAUUAGCUGUGUUGAGGAACAAACCUCCAGGUGUUAGUGGAAGAAGAUAUGCUGAAGUUCUGUGUGAGAAGUUUAGGGCAAGCCAGUUGCACUGGAAACAACAAUAUGAAAGGGCAGGAGCAGAAAUACUUCACCUUAAACAGGAACUAUUGAUGAGAACACAAACACAACAGCCUGAAAAGGUUCAGGCAUCUUCCAGUCAAAUAUUUGAAGAUUCCUUGCCUCCAGACAGCCAGCCAUUAUUUCCUACACCUCCACCUUCAGGUAGUGCUGGACCCUCGCAGUGUACCAGUAUUUCAUCUUCUGAUGCUCAGUUUUCAUUGGCUAAACACACUGAAUUCCUGCACCAUGUGAUCAAUAUCCAGACUGCUUCCAAAAUUUUGGCUUCAGAUAGGCCUUUGCAGGACAUAACCCAACAGAGUUUGCUACACAGUCUGCAGAUACUGCAGACACACAUAGGAAGUGAUGAAAUAUCUUGGACUGUGCAAGAGCAGUGUGUCCAGACUAUUGUAGCUGUAGUAAAUCAUAGUAAUAAACACAUCUUUGACUGUGUUUUGGAGGAAGUGGCUAGUUUAUGUACCCAUAUAAUAGAACACAUCAUGUCAUAUUCAAAGCCAAACUAUAAGGUUUUAGAUAAGAAGAGCCACUUGUUGUCCUCAUUCAUUGACUGUAAACAGUUCACACCUACACUUCUCAGACUUCUGUUUGAAACUAUCUACACAUACUCGGACAGCCUCAAGCAGUGUGUGAAGGAUAAAGAACAACUGGACCCGAACAGAUUCUGUAAUAUCUAUUACAUCAUUAAGGCAGCUGAAAAUUGUUUACGUAAAAAGGGGAGUGAAGUGAACCUGGAUGAAAAACAAUGCAUAAGAACUAAUCUGGAAGAGAGUUUUCUAUUUAUUACUGAACGAUUUCCCUUGUUUGUGCAUGCAGUAUGGAGACUUUGUGUCCUUCUAACCUGAUACAUGUACUAGUAAUUAGAGAUUAGAUGAAUGAAAUUGGUUGUGUGCAAAAAAAGAAAAAGUGCAUGUCAAUGUAUUAUAGUCCAGGUUUGAGUUAUCAAAUUUAUGCCGGGAAAUUACUGAGAAAAAACAUGUUUUGCGUCUUUUUUUGUUUGUACGUGUUGGAAGCAAGAUAGCCUAGAGCUACCAUUAAAGUAUAAAUAUAAUGGCAUAAAGCAGAGAUUAGGUUUGUGAUGAAACAAAUGUGCAAAAUUCAAAUUAUAUUUCAUUUUACAUGUACGCUGAUAUAACUAUUCUAUGUAUUAACAGCUACUUAAAUACCUGAAUCAGAAUUAAUUUAAUACUUUUUACCAUGAUUACUGCUGGUACUAAGAAGCUGCUAAUGGCAGGUUAUAAUCUAUAACAAAGUAAGAUAACAAGCUUAGCUUUGUCAGUUAUUGUUGUAGCUUUAACCUUUCUAUCAAAAGUUUCGCUUUGUCAGGUAUUGCUGCAGUAAAUACAUUUCUAUCAAAAGCUUAGCUUUGUCAGUUAUUGCUGUAGCUUAAACUUUCUAUCGAAAGAUUAGAUUUGUCAGGUAUUGCUGUGACAUAUCUUUCUAUCAAAAGCUUAGCUUUGUCAAGUAUUACUAUAGUUUAAACCUUAGCUUUGUCAGCUAUUGUUGAGACUUAUAUCUUUCUAUCAAAAGCUUAGCUUUGUCAGGUAUUGCUGCAGUUAAAACCUUUCAAUCAAAAUCUUAGCCGUGUCUGGUAUUUCUGUUGUUUAUACUUUCUAUUAAAGGCUUAGCCUUGUCAGGUAUAGCUUUAGUUUAUAUCUUUCUAUUAAAAGCUUAGUUUUGUCAAGUACCACUGUAGUUUAUACAUUUCUGUUUUAAAGAUUGGUUUUGUCAGGCUUGUUUUAGUUGAUAUCUUUUUGUUAAAACCUUAGCUUUGUCGGGUAUUGAUGUGGUUUAUAUUUUCUAUUAAAAGCUUGUCUUUG